UCGGAUCAAUGACCACGUUAUCACCGGUUCAGGCAUCAGGGCAUUAGGCAUAUUUAAAUGUCAGCAGAGCCAAAAAUUAUUAUUUGGUUAUUGCCGCGUGGCCACUUGACUUGGUCUCGAGUCUACUUAAAACAAUUACAAGACAAUUAUCGUCUCGUUUAGGUAGUGCUUCCGUUUUUUAUUAGUCCGAAAAUGUUUAUGCUCAACAAAUUGAUCAAGAAUCGACGUCCUAGCUCUGGUUUUGGUUUUUCCAAUCACAGAGAUCUUAACGUUGCCAUAAUCGGACAGAGUACGUUUGCCGCCGAAGUAUAUAAAUUGUUAUUGAAAAAUGGCCAUCGUGUUGUCGGUGUUUUCACCGUACUGGACAAAGGGAAUCGACAAGAUCCUUUAGCGGCGGUUGCAUCCGAAGACGGUACAGCCGUAUUCAAAAUCAAAGCCUGGCGUAAAGGUGAAAACGCUUUACCUGAAAUUUUGGAACAAUAUAAAAAAGUAAACCCGGACCUCAACGUAUUGCCGUUUUGUUCUCAAUUCAUUCCUAUGGAAGUUAUAGAACAUCCAAAACAUAAAAGUAUAUGUUAUCACCCUUCAAUUUUACCUAAACACAGAGGAGUCAGUGCCAUAAAUUGGACUUUAAUCAACGGUGACCCCGAAGCAGGGUUUUCAAUAUUUUGGGCAGAUGACGGACUCGAUACCGGACCAAUACUUUUACAGAAAUCAUGUCCUGUUUUACCCGAUGAUACUGUUGAUUCUAUUUAUAAUAGAUUUUUGUAUCCAGAGGGAAUUAAGAGUAUGGCUGAAGCUGUUAAUAUGGUUGCUAAUGGAACGGCCCCGGUAAUACCUCAGUCUACUGAAGGCGCUUCGUUUGAGCCGUCAAUAAGAAAAAAAUUAUUGCAAAAGGUGGAUUGGUCGAAAACUGGAUUAGAAGUGCAUAAUUUCAUAAGAGGUCUAGACAGUUCCCCAGGAGCCUCGGCUCUACUGGACAACAAAGAAGUGAAACUAUUCAAAUCAAUGUUGUGGACUGUAAAAACACCCAAAGGUAAUCAAGUCUUAAUAGAUGGUCUUGAAAAACCUGGUAUUAUUCACGACGACGGUCUAAUUGUGACUUGCGCUAAUGGCCAACAAUUAAAUAUCAGUAGACUAUCUGUGGAUGGACAAAUGAUGGCCGCAAGUAAUUAUGGUAAAAAAAAUAAGGUUCAAGAAGCUGUUGAAUACACCGAAGAGGAAAAAGCUAUGGUUUCUGUUUUGGAAAAUAUUUGGAAGAAUAUAUUAAACACAAAUAUAGUCAAAGAAACACAUUUCUUUCAAACCGGUGCUGGUUCUAUGGACGUAGUUCGGUUAAUUGAAGAGAUAAAAGAUAAACUGAAUUUGACAUUGAAAAAUGAUGAUGUAUACAUGUCCCCAGUUUUUCAUGAAUUUUGCAACACAUUCGUAAAAAGAUCCAGGGGUACAUUAGAGGGUAAUAAGCGCAUAGAAUACGAUCCAGUCCAAAUGGACGUCAAUAAUAUGAAAUUACAAUUUCCUAAGCAACUUUUUAUCAACGGCCAGUUUGUCGACUCCGAGUCGGGCAACACAAUAGAGUGCGUUAAUCCUGCAAAUGAAUCUGUUAUUUGUUUGGUUCAAUGUGCUUCUGAAAAUGAUGUAGAUCGAGCAGUUGAUGCAGCCAGUAGAGCUUUUAAUAAUGAAUGGUCUGAAAUGAGUCCAAGAGAUAGAGGGGCUUUGAUGUAUAAAAUAGCAGAUCUAUUGGAAAAGAAUAAAGAAGAAUUAGCAACAAUAGAGUCUAUAGAUUCUGGUGCAGUUUACACUUUGGCACUAAAGACUCACAUUGGCAUGUCAAUCGAUGUUUGGCGAUAUUUUGCUGGAUGGGCUGACAAAAUACACGGACAGACAGUACCAAUAUCACACGCUAGACCGAACAGAAACUUAACUUUUACCAGAAAAGAACCUAUUGGGGUCUGUGGUAUAAUUACUCCAUGGAAUUAUCCUUUAAUGAUGUUAUCUUGGAAAAUGGCGGCAUGUUUAGCUGCUGGCAAUACUGUUGUUAUGAAACCAACAGAAUUAUCUCCACUUACCGCUUUAAAAUUUGCUGAAUUAUCUGUCGAGGCAGGCUUUCCGCCUGGGGUCAUAAAUAUUCUCCCUGGACUUGGUUCCGAAACUGGGAAAGCAAUAGCCGAGCAUCCGGAUAUAAGAAAAGUAGGGUUUACUGGCAGCACAUCAACAGGUCAUUUAAUUAUGAAGGCAGCCUCAGAAUCAAAUCUCAAGAAAGUUUCUCUGGAACUCGGCGGGAAAUCCCCUCUAGUCAUAUUUGACGACUGUGAUUUAGAAAAAUCCAUUAGGAUGAGCAUGGGAGGCGUGUUUUUCAACAAGGGAGAAAAUUGCAUAUCUGCUGGCAGAAUAUUUGUGGAGUCUAAUAUACAUGAUGAAUUUGUAAAUAGAGUUGUUGAAGAAGUUAAAAAAAUUAAAAUUGGCAACCCGUUAGAUCGUGAAACACAUCAUGGACCACAAAAUCACAAAGCUCAUUUGGAUAAAUUGAUUAGUUAUUGUAAAAAGUCACAAAACGAAGGCGCCGUUUUAAGAAUUGGAGGAAAGCGAUUGGACCGACCCGGUUAUUUUUUCGAACCAACCGUAUUUACCGGCGUUGAAGAUCAUAUGUUUAUUGCACAAGAAGAGUCGUUUGGACCAAUCAUGGCAGUAUCCAGGUUUAGCGGCAGUGAUUUAAAUGCCAUCAUUAAAAGAGCUAACGCCACCGAGUAUGGCUUGUCUUCGGGCAUAUUCACAAAAGACAUCAGCAAAGCGUUGAGAUUUGCUGAAAAAAUUGAUGCCGGCACAGUGUUCAUUAAUACUUACAACAAGACUGAUGUUGCUGCUCCGUUUGGAGGUUUCAAAAGAUCUGGAUUUGGCAAAGACUUAGGAGAAGAAGCAUUGAACGAGUACUUAAAAACUAAAUGUGUUACAGUAGAGUAUUGAGUAAUUAAUUAAAUGAAAAAGUGAGUAUAUUAGUUAUUACAUUUCUCAAUGUUGUCAACGAGUUUUCUGAAUUCAUUCCAUAUGAUCAACGAAUCUAUACACACAGUGCCACCACCUCGUCGAGUUUGAUCGCCCUAUAAAAAUAUACUUAAAUUAAUAUUGUCAUACAUUUCAGUUUUAAAACCAUUUUUUAACUUACGGCUCGAUUGACAUCUCCAAUACAAGUUAAAGGGAUUGAAUUAUUUACACUAGUAGCCCAUUUUGAAUGAUCUUUAGACGAUUUGUACCUAAGUUUUACACCCUUCAUGACUAUCGAUUUAAUAUUCAUUGUUCUGUGUAAAAUAAGUUCAUGUUUAAAAUUUUUUUUUUAAUACCUUUUUUAUUCCGUUUGGUUUUUACGUACUUGAAUUUAUUAGAACAACUUGAGUUAAACCUGUCUCUCGAAUUCAACCAAGUUUCUGUGUAUAGAUCCGAUUGUGCUAGGUUGGUUACCAAAUCUUCAUACAAAUCUAUAAUAUUUGUGAUACAUUAUUUUUUUAAUUCUUGCAUAUUAAUUUUUUUUAAUAUCUAAUUGUUAUUAAUUACAUUUUUUAUUUUUAUUAAAAUUUAAAUAAUUUUAAAU